CAACGUUGUUAAUACUGAUACCGUUAUUUCCAUGAGUCUUUGAAUGCAGCAUGCUGGUGACGACAUCAGAUCCGCCGCAACACAGCUUGUACUUCCUGGAUCGGGGCCCACACGUUAAAAAAUGCACCUGCGGAGGAUGAAGUUGGAAAGUGCCUCGCUACUGCUUCUCUUCGUCUCUGCCGGCGUGUGGUCGGUGCCCAUCGACCGCAAUGAGGUCCACCCAGACGUUAAAGAACACGGUCAAGAGGAGAGCAUGGACACGGGUCUGUACUACGACCGAUACCUCCGAGAGGUCAUUGAGGUCUUGGAGACGGACCCUCACUUCAGAGAGAAGCUGCAGACGGCCAACACGGAGGACAUUAAGAACGGCCGCCUGAGUAAAGAACUGGACCUGGUGAGCCACAACGUCAGGACUCGUCUGGAUGAGCUGAAGCGGCAGGAAGUGUCUCGUCUGAGGAUGCUGCUCAAGGCCAAACUGGACAGCACCAACACACAGAGCCUGCAGAUGGACCACGUUUCCCUGCUCAAACAAUUUGAACAUCUGGAUCCACACAAUCAGAACACAUUUGAGGCCAAAGACUUGGAACUGCUUAUCUCCACAGCCACCAAAGACCUGGAGAACUACGACGCCGAGAGACACGAAGAGUUCAAGCGUUACGAAAUGCUGAAGGAGCACGAGAGGCGCGAGUACCUGAAGGGUCUGGACCAGGAGAAGAGGGAGAAAGAGGAGAAGCGAAUACAGGAGCUGAAGGAGAAACAUCGCCAGCACCCCAAAGUCAACGCGCCUGGUAGUGUUGCUCAGCUGAGAGAAGUCUGGGAGGAAACAGAUGGACUGGAUCCCAAAGAGUUCAACCCCAAGACUUUCUUCAAACUCCACGACACCAACGGAGACGGCGUCUUGGACGAGCAGGAGCUGGAGGCGCUUUUCACCAAAGAGCUGGAGAAGGUCUAUGACCCCAAGAAUGAGGAAGACGACAUGAUGGAGAUGGAGGAGGAGAGGCUGAGGAUGAGGGAGCACAUCAUGAAGAAUGUGGACACCAACAAAGAUCGGCUGGUCAGCCUGGAGGAGUUCCUCAAGUCCACGGAGAAGAAGGAGUUCAAUAACCCCAAAGAAUGGGAGACGUUGGACGCCAAGCCGUUGUACACGGAGGAGGAGCUCCAGCGCUUUGAGGCCGAGCUCCGAGACAAGGAGGAGGAGCUAAAGAAGAGGACGGAGACUCUGCGUCAGGAGCAGGAGCUGCUGAAGGAGCGAGGCAAAGCCCUGGAGGCCCAGAGGCGAGAGUACCAGCAGGCCGUGUUGGAGAUGUCUCAGAGGCAGAAAGAGCAGCAGGCAGUUGACGGGCAGCCGCCUUCUGGACCUCAUGGAGAACUGCAGUUUCAUCCUCCAAAAGUGGAAGAUAAAGCAGGAAAGGUUGCAGUUGAAGCUGAAGUACAGAAUCAUCUACCUGCAGAACCACCCCAGAACCUGCCAACACACACUUGAACAGUGGCGCGCGCACACACACACACACCAGUGUUUCCCACAGGGCAGUGAUCUAUUUGUGGUGGGGGAUGACACCGUUGUCAACUUUGCGUACUGUAAUUGACCAUGAGGCAUUAGCAAAAAGUGAGGAAAAAACAUGAAAAGCAGAACAAAUAUCUGAAGAACUACAAAUGAACUUUCUUCUGUCGCUCCUUUUUGUCGUUUUUUUAAAAUGUCACAAGCAAGACGGAGCUGCCAGUGAGUGCUCCUAGAUGAGCGGUGGCCCAUAGCAAAGUCCGCUGCUCGUUGAGAAGAGCGAUACGUUCUUUCAUGUCAGACUCUCCAGAAGGCUUCGCUAGAUUUGUCACUACAGUAAUCCCUCGUUUAUCAUGGGUAAUUGCUUCCAGAGCUGACCGCAGUAAAUUCAUUUCCACGAUAUGAGUUGAUGUUAAUAAAUUGAAUAUUUUCAGAGUUGGAGCAUAGAAAACCUGUUUAUGAUUUUGUAAAUACAGGUUUUGACAUGAUUUGAUCCCUGUAGACAUGAAAUAACACCCCAGUAGUCACCUUCACACUCCAAUUAUUCUGUUUGCGUCACGUUGCGCAGGCUACGGGAUCACUGCAGGGAUGUAACAGACAGCCUGCGCCAGCAUAGCAAGCUGCCGAGCUAACUAGUUAGCCUCUUCAUUUUACUUAUUCUAAACUUGAGCAGGUAUUUCAAACGGAGUGGGGAAUAAGGACAAAGAAGACAAAAACUUACCACUUCCACAAGGAAUGAGAGGAGAACCUUUUUUCCCCACUUGAUGUCAGCCAUGGCAUGUUGGCUGGGCAAUGCUAGCUUGGUAGCCAGUCUCCAUGCAGUGUGAAAGGUAAUGUAAUCUAACAUCAUGUCUCAUAAUAUUACUGAUGCCUAGUGACCACAACACUACAUAGAACUUAAUAACUCAAUUUUUUUUACUAUUAACAGGUCAUACUCAACCAUGAAACAGCAAUCAUUUAGUUUUAUUUGAAAAAGCGCGAUAGAGUGAGGGAGUGAUAUUGGAACAAGGAUGUAGCGAGGGACGAUGGGAGUUUUUUAGAAAAGGAGUCUCCAGAGGGGUCUGGUUACUCGCUUAAUAAAUUGGCAACACCGAUCCCUCCUGCUGCGUGUUCUUAUUCUCUAACAUAUCAAGUGUCUUAUAAUGUGUUUAUGAGCAAGGACGAACAAGUAGCACCACAUAUAUUUGUGGCGGGCCGCCCAAAUUAAGUGAAUGUAUGGGAAACACUGCACACACACACACACACACACUCCCCAAUGAUGUGCACUGCUGCACAAAAUGUGACAUACCAAGUGUUCUUUGCUGUGGUCCAUAUGAGAUUCAAGAUUGCAGUUAAGUUUUUUUUAAUUUAAUUUUUUUUUGGGGGGGGGGGGUGCUGUGAAUUGAAAUAAAAUCU